AUGAGUUUUUUGCAUUGCGUCCAUAUGUUACGUUCGGACGCCGCAUCUGGAAUAUCAUCGGCCGAGGCAACGUUACGGAGGCAAUAUCACGGAUAUAAUGAGUUCGAAGUUACAGAACAGGAGCCGUUAUGGAAGAAAUACUCCGAACAGUUUCAAAAUCCCCUCAUCCUUCUGCUGCUUGCUAGUGCAAUAGUAUCGCUUUUGAUGCGGCAGUACGACGAUGCUAUCAGUAUUACGGUAGCUGUAGUGAUAGUAGUAACAGUAGGAUUUAUUCAGGAGUAUCGAUCCGAGAAAACCCUAGAGCAGCUGAAUAAACUCGUUCCACCUGCGUGCCAUGUAGUACGUGAUGGAAAGGAAUAUUCGUUGUUAGCACGUGAACUGGUACCAGGAGAUGUGGUAUUGUUGAACACGGGAGAUCGAGUGCCGGCUGAUGUUCGCCUUCUGGAGGCAUUUUCGCUUCAAAUUGAUGAGAGCUCAUUGACUGGUGAAACGGAGCCUAAACACAAGGUAAGCGAAACGUACAGUGAGUGA